CAACGCGUCCUUCUCUCAUGUCCGUCUCGACGUAUCUUGCUCGAUAUCCAAGCCUCCAAUUUAAGAUGCCACAUCUACGUUCAAAAAGGCCACGCCAAGGUGACCCGUCUCCUCCCCCCCGGGUCUACCGAGCCACAAGAGGCCUUGAAAAUACCCUAACCCUUGAUAUUUGACGCCUUACAUAUGCCGCCGAAUGUUUCCCAGCAGCUGCCUGCUUGACAUGGGGCUGAAAUAAUUGUUAGGUACCUCUACCUACCCCUCCACCAAAUGCCCGUCGCACAUCCAAUCCAAUGUGUCACUGACAUCAUCUCCCGGGCAUCUUCCACUGUUACCUCGACACAUUUUGGCGCAUUUCGCAUACUUCUACCUUACCUACACAUCAUCACACCACAAAGACCAAACGGCGGACGCGGGCGGGCAUGACGGCGCACAACCAGGGCGAGGGAGGGGCACCACCACCACUAACCCAAGCAUCGCCAUCCCCCAGCAACGCCGACAAGCCACCCGCCAAGCUGUAUCACGAACACGGCGGCGAACCGCUCGAAGGCGCCGCUCUCCAAGAAUGUAUCGAAGCCCUCGUCGACGGAUGGACGACCUGCGUCGAUGAGCUCUCCCAGCUCCAUACAAAGGCCGAGUCAGCUUCCAAGCCCAUCCGCGGCCUCUACACCCUCCUCAAAGUCCAGCAACGCACCCUCGACAAGGUCAAAGCCAAGAAAGCGUCGCAACCGUCCCCUCCUCCUCCUCCCUCGACAGACGAACAUGGCACCGAACCAAAACCACUCUUCACCCCCGCCCAGUACUUUGGCAUGCGCAGUUGCUGCUGGGACGACAGGUGGUCCGUCAUCAAAAAGUGUCGCGGCCUCGUCGCCAUCAAUAAGGAGUUUGCCCGGAGCCCGAAGCAGCCGGUUCCUGCGGGAAAAGGCUGGUUGGCAUACAAAGAUAACCCUCUGCUGGAGAGGCCGAUUGUUGUUGACGCCGUCAUCGAUAGCGGGGCGACGUGGUUGAAAUUUGUUUCCAUCUCGCCCAAGACGCUCGCUUACCAAAUCGCCGUGGAUGGAUGGGAGACCGAUGAUGAGGAGGAGGAGGAGGAGGAUGACAAGGCAUACAGCGAUGACGAGGAGGACCAAUACAAUGGAAACGGAGUCGCGGGGAGAAAUGGCAUCCAAGAAGCGCUGGGGAAUACCGAGUUCGCCGAGUCCAUCAAGAAGGUCAUCCUGGCUGCGAGAUGGAACCACUGCCAUCAUGUUCACCUCCUUCUUCCGGGCCUGCGCCAUGGCGAGUCCGAGCCCGCCGACAGAAUGCUACGCUACAUCCGCGAAAAGAUUGGUGGCGACGACGUUUCUGUUACCGUGAGCUGCGCCAACAGCCCCCUCCUCGCCGACACGCCACCACCACCACCACUUGACACCGCUUUGGCCGCCCUCAUCGACGAACGCGACCCCCUCGUCGCCGAUGAUUGCGGCCGCAUCACAUCCACUGCGAACCUCGACCCGAGCGUGUUAGUGUCACUGGUGACAGAUUUACAUCAUGGCCUUGUCGAUUUGCAGCCCGAGUUCCAGCAGAGGGUAGUUGCCCGGUCGGUAUUGGACCACACGACGGACAGUAAUGAGCUGGUGCCGCGUGAGGAUAUCCUCGCCAAGGUCUUGUACCCUGCGCUGAGGGGAAGAAAGCUGGUGACAACGCGUCUGGCUGCUCAGUACUUCCGGCAACUGAUUGCGUCCAUCUCCACACACUCGGAACAAGUGCGCGCUUCUUUCAUUUUGCCUCCUGAUGCGCCACCCGCUCUGCUUAGUCCUGAGGGAAGCUCCGAACCCCUCUCAACAACCAGUCUCACCCCCGAACAACGUCGGGCUGAACUGCAGAGGUGGUCCGCCGUCCCUAUCCCCGAUGAUCUUCACCUCCCUGUUGAAAUCGUGGACGACAUUGAACUGGAACAAGUUUCCCCACUCAUCGCAGAGGGCAAGCUCCCGCCCAUGGCCCUCGGCGUUGCCCAAGAUCUGUCGAGGCUGAACCGCUCCGUCUAUCUCUACGGGUGGAUAAAUCGCCUAACGACAAUCACUGGCCACCGCGGCAUCGAGCGCCAGAUCUACCUUUCACUAGCCACGCAUUGGACACCGCCGGCCACCGGCAAUCACCGUGCAAGCGAAAGCGACGCAAAAAACAACGAGAUCCCUCCAGAUAUCUGGCACCGUCACCUAGGAGGUUAUUUGAUUCACAGAGACAAGCCACGGGACUGGAAAGCGUUGAUUGCCGACUACGAAGAAUGCAAGGACGGAAAGAUACCCUCUGAGGUGCAAAGGUGGACAAACCCGUGGACAACGUGGGGGAGAGGUAUCAGCACAUAUGGAUUGCCGGAUACCAAGACGUGGGAGGGGGUCGGGCAUGCGGAUAAGCAGAGUUUUGGACGGAAGCUGCAGACGAGGGAAGCAAGGGGGCAGCGGAAUCCUGGGGGUAGGGACGUCGAUGAUCAGGAAGGGGAGGAGCAGGACAUGGAUGAAGAGGAGGAGGAGGAGCAGUCGUAAUUUUGAUGUGGUGUGGUCGGCUAUCUGAUGGUGCUGGUGAUAGUGAUGAUUGACGGGGUCUGGAAUCGCUCUCCCGGUCUUCCCGAGUCCCAAGUCUCAGUCUAUCCCAUGUUGCCAUCUGGCCCUGACAUAGUUGGCCCUUGUCUGGAAUGGAAGCAAAAGCAAGCACCAAACCC